GUCACCCACCAGGCCCCACCUUAAAGAUUCACUCAGUCAAAGAGUUUCAAAUGUGAAAUGUUGAUUGACAUGAGGACACAUUUCCACUCAAAAUCUCUCUGCCACAAACGCUUGCGAUAUUACAUGCCGAAGAACAGUCCGAACAAGAGAUUUUUAAGCAACAUCACAUAAACUACUUAUUUUAAAGUACAAAGUGACCACAAAAUGAGGGGCGUCGUGACAGUAUGCUGUUUGAGUUUACUUUUGUGCCUAGUGGCUGUAGUUGAGGGGGGUGAGGACAACACUGAAGAUGAUGAGAUGAUCCUGUCCCUAAUUCUGCAGGAUGACAACCAGCCUGAAGCAGAUAGCGAACCCUCCGCCCAGAUUUACAGGUGCUCUAAGGACGCAUGGUGCAUGCCAGGUCAAUAUAUAGUGGUGAUGCGGAACGGGACGCACGUGAACCAGGUGGAGCGCACAGCACGCAGACUCCGUGCUAAUGCUGCAAAGCGCGGAUACCUGAUCGAAAUUAUUCAGACCUAUUCUGGAGCCUUCCGUGGGUUUUUGGUGAAAAUGAGCAGUGAUGUUCUUCACAUGGCAGUAAAGCUGCCCCAUGUGGAAUACAUUGAAGAGGAUUCCUCAAUCUUUGCUCAGAGCAUCCCUUGGAACCUUGAGCGCAUCAUUCAAAACAAACAUGAGACUGGAAAAUACUCACCACUCAAUGAUGGUGCACAGGUGGCAGUGUAUCUCAUGGACACAAGCAUUCAAGUGGGCCAUCGUGAGAUUGAGGGCAGAGUGAUGGUGACCGACUUUAACAGCGUGCCAGAAGAGGAUGGGGUCAGGAUUCACAGGCAGGCUAGUCAGUGUGACAGUCAUGGUACGCACAUAGCAGGCGUGGUGAGUGGGCGGGACUCGGGUGUGGCUCGAGGUGCCAGUGUAAACAGUGUUCGAGUUCUGAACUGCCAAGGCAAGGGUACCAUAUCGGGAGCUUUGGCAGGUCUGGAGUAUAUUCAGUCAUCUCUGAGGGCCCAGCCUAUUAGACCUGUGAUCCUACUGCUUCCAUUUGUGGGGGGAUUCAGUCGCACCCUUAAUGCUGCCUGCAGGAAAAUGGUUGAACUGGGCUCAGUGCUUAUUGCUGCAGCUGGUAACUAUAACGAUGAUGCCUGCCUGUACUCACCAGCUUCAGAGCCUGAGGUGAUAACUGUAGGGGCAGUUAAUUUUGCUGAUCAGCCGCUUAGUACAGGGACGACCGGCACUAAUGUUGGCCGUUGUGUGGAUGUGUUCGCACCUGGUGAUGACAUCAUCAGUGCAUCCAGUGAUUGCCCCACCUGCUUCACCACAAAGAGCGGAACAUCGCAGGCAGCGGCACAUGUCACUGGUAUAGCUGCGGUGCUCCUGAAUCUUAAUCCAAAGUCCAGCUCUGCUGAGGUUCUGCAACAGCUCCUCUAUCAUUCAUUGAAACAGGUCAUUAACCCAGAGUCUCUGCCCCAGUACCACCGUCUCACUACACCCAACAUGGUGGUCGCCCUGCCUGACCCAGCCUCCACACUCACAGGUGAGGAGCUUCUCUGUCGAUCCAUUUGGUCUGAGAGGUCAAGGGCUACAAGUUUUGAAACAGCUGGUGCCCACUGUCGGCCCGGUGAAGAGAUGCUGAGCUGUUCUACAUUCUCAUUAAACGGUGUGCGAGCUGGAGAGAGAAUAGAGGAGAGAAAUGGACAGAAAGAGUGUGUUGCUGUCAAUGGGAAUGGAGGGCAAGGUGUGUAUGCUAUAGCUCGCUGCUGCACAGGGCAUAAGGGUCAUUGCCAGAUUUGGGAGAGUCCUCAGAAGGGAAUGGAUGCAGAAUGUCCUAGCACAGACCAACAGCUAACAGGCUGUAGUUUUUUCUCUGAAUCUGGAGACAUAUCGGCCUCUGAUCGACCUCUACAUGGCAAUCGCAGGGCAUGUCCUGCUAGAAGGGGUGUGAUGUCAUAUGCCACCUGUUGCCACGCCUCCACUCUGGAGUGCCGGCUGAAAGUACAUGACCCCACGGGCUUCAGCAAGCAGGUGGAGGUUUCAUGUGAGGAUUCAUGGACACUAACUGGAUGUGAGGCUCUGACACGUGAUUGUGUCACUCAUGGUUCAUACGCUCUUGGAAACACCUGUGUAGUUAAUACAUCUGGAGGAGACGAAGGAGCUUCAGCAAUCGCCACCUGCUGCAGGCUCCGCCCCUCCCAGCAGCAGCCAAUCAACAGCAUGACCACUGAUGACCACCUUGAUGUUUGAGAGGAUAUGCAUGUUUAUAAACCAGCUUCCAAUUCUGUUUUGCCAACACAUAACCAAGGACAUAACUGUUAUAUUACACAUAAAGGGUCUUAAAAAACAGACAAUUUAAAAAAAAAUUGAAAUAUGCAAUACACAUAAAUGAUAACUUAACUAUAGCUUUUGUUGAAGUUAACUUAUGAAGCUAAAGUUUAGCUAAAUGACUUAUGCAGUGAACAAUAAGGUACAAUUAUUUUUAUAAAUGUAUACAUGUUACUUUACAUUAAACAAACAAACGCCUUUCCAAAGUAAUAGUUUCAAAAAAUCCACUUGUGCUCAGACAGUAAUUUGACACAAACAAAAUUAAAGUUUGUGCAUUCCAGUCUUAUCUUUUUAUAUCAAAUGUUUUCAUUGUCAAUCUCUGAUGUACAAAUUAAAACGUGGGUUUAACAUGCAUUAACAGAUUCCUUUACACAUUAUACACACGCACAGCAGAAAUGAGAAACAUUUAGAAAAAGUAUCGCCAGUUCUUAAAAAUGUUUUAGCAUCUUCAACCCUGUCCUGACACCUAGCUUAAAACGCAAGCCUGAUCACAGAUUUAUAGAGAAGUAGGUACAGCAUGUACAGGUGUAGGAAAUGUAAAAAAAAAUACAAAAUUAAAGACAAUUUGUAGUUUUAGCACAUCCUGUUCACUCAAGUACCACAUAAUUCAAAGAAGACCCUACAGCACUGAGCAUAACCUGUAACUUGAACCUCUCUUAUGGGCUCCAUUAGUGAAAACUGAUACAGGCAGUUGAGCUGAAAUUAGUGUGAUAUCUGUGUGUAUGGGCAUUAUACAACCAAAAAUAUAAUUGCCUUUUAGGAAGGCACUGAUCGGAUGAAUUCUCCCUCAACUAUUUACCAAACUCUGUGCCUUUAUGCCUCAAAAAUUUCUGACUCUGAUUAUCCUAAAAUUAUUUUGACUGAUUUAGGAUAAUGCUAAGCACAUCUGCAAUGGUAAACUAGCGAUGAACCACAGUAGAUUUUGUCUUUUUAUUGAUUCCAAGAAUAAAGGCAGUUGUGAGUACUGCAUUGUUGUGCUGCCUGUUUAGUAGCCGACACCAAAAAGACGUCAAACAGCUGUGAAUAAAACCCCCAAAAACACACACACUUAAUCUAGGCCUAAGCUGUUAACUGGUCUCCCAGCCUGGUCAAGAUUGCCUUCAUCUUGUCUUUUAGCCUGACCAAGAUGGUUUUCAGUUGGUCUCCCAACCUGGCCAAGAUGGUCUUUAGCUUGUCUUCCAGCCUGGCCAAAUGGCUUUUAGCUGGUGUCCACGGUCUGGCCAAGUCAGUCUUCAGCUCGUCUAGCUUAUCCCCAGCCUGGCCAAUCUUGUACUGAGAUUUUUCCCAGCCUGGCCAAGAUGGUUUUCAGCAGGUCUCCUAGUCUGACCAAGGUGGUCUUCAGUUUGUCUCUUAGCCUGACCAAGGUGGCCUUUAGCUCAUCUAGCUCGUCUCUCAGCCAGGUCAAUCUAGAAUUCAGCUUAUCUCUCAGCCCUGUCAAGAUGGUUUUCAGCUGGUCUGCCGGCUGGUUUUUCAGCCAGAUCAGCUGACAAGUCCCCAAAACUCCUCUAAGACCAGCCAGGCGACCAGAUAAGAACACCAAACCAUCUUAGCCUGGUUUAAGGUGGGUUUUUUUUUCCCAGCAGGUCAGUUCUCACUCUUACAUGGGCAAACAUGUAAAGAAGUUCAGCAAGAAAAGCAUCAACAAGAAUGUUUCUGAUCAAGUGAAGAGCAAGUAAACAGAAUUAACGUGAGAUAAAAAGCAGCACGGACAGUUCAGCGAAUCGGCACAUUUUGUUUGAGGUGGCUCCGAGGUCCUUCCACUGUAAACAUUGAAGCAAUGUCACUAAGUGUUCUAGUCUAGUCAAAAAAAACAAAAUGAGCAGCAAACAAUCGCUGGAUCACCCUGCGGACUCUGUGAAAGAGACAUUACAUGCACAGCUCAAACAGGGACCUUGAGAUGUUUGAUUUGUCCUCUUCCUCAUAUGGCACUCUGAAUGAGUGCUGCAGAGCCACCGCUGCAUUCUACAGUGCAAUUGUGUGUGCGCGUUGUUUUCAUAACAGCAUUCCACAACACAUUGUCCACUGGUUUGACAGAAGGUGAGGACACAAGCAGUAUAGGGGAGUCAUCGAGUAAAGGCACAUAACUGCUACUGUGAGAACAACCCAUCAAUAUACAAUCUCUUUUAACUCACUCUCUCUCCCCUCGCCCUUUACUAUAUUUUCUGCACAAUCCUCAACGCCCCUGCUAAAAAAAAAGCAUCUUAAACCAGACUAAGCUGGUUUGCAGGUCUUUGUUGUUAUAAGUUGGUUUCCAAGCCUGGCCAAGCUGUCCUUACGCUGGUUAAGAUAGUCUUCAAGCCUAGCUAAGGUGGUCUUGAGCUGGUUUAGCAAGUCUUCCAGCCUAACCAAACUGGUCUUGAGCUAGUCUCCAAGCUUGACCAGCUCAAGUGCCCAAAACACCUUUAAAACCAGCAAACCAACUAAAGCAGGUUUAUUUUCCAGCAGGGCUGUCUUCCAAUUUGCAUUAUGCACAAGUUGUAAGGCAGACCAAACAGAAAGAUGCCCACACACAAAUAAUUAUAAAAAAAAACCUGCAGUGUCUCCAUGGCCGGAACAGAGUCCUUUACUUAAAAACUGCACCCCUCUAGAUGCAGACAGAUUACGGUCUGCACAGACAUCUGUUCUGGCCAGCUGAAAACGUAUGAAAUCGGCACAUGACAACAUCAGAACAGUCAGAAAGAGUGAGACUGCUUCUCAACGAUACAAGCAAUUAAAUGCUGAUUGCAGUACUCAUCGUCUUUCCAUGAGAAAGAAAAUGUGUUUUACAGGACAAUAUUAGCAGACAGUGUCUCUCUGAUUUCAUCAUGUUAGCGUGUUGGCCCAGGCAGUGCUUGAAUGUGUGUCUUAGGACGCAUCUUUGUUGAGGCAGUGUCUGCCACCCGAUGCCCGAAGUCAUAUUUCUUUGCUUAGCACUUGUGUAUACAGCUUUUGUUGUCUUGGACACGUUCUGGUUUCCCUGUAUGCUGUUUGAUCUCCAGUGGUGAAGAAAUCAAGGUAAAAGAUGGACAGAAAGCAGCGACGUUCAUGGCUGUUCAAUUGUCUCCACAUCAGGACAUUUGCAAAAUUGUCACAAACUGAAAUCAAAUAUAAAGUGCUUUAAAAAAUACCAGCAAGAAAGAGAAAUGGGGGAAAGGGUGUGAUUAUUUGACUCUCAGAGACAUAGCAAGUUCCUCUUUGAAUAGAUUUGAGGCACCUCUCAAACUGUUCCAGAAAAAAAAAAAGAAAAAGAAAAUCAGAAAAGGAUUCUUAAAAAUAUUUUACAUUUGAAAUUACAUUUAUGUAGCACAUCUUUACAUUUCCCAUGAAUAGUAUCUACUUAAUUACAUUGGCAAAUAUACGCUCACCGAUUUCUUUUAAAACACCCCUUGUAUUUUGUAGUUCUGUGUAAAAUCUUCAUGGAAACAAAACCCUCCAUUCCUAUUAAGUCCCAUUUGCCUGACAGACCUCGUCGAGUCAGACUGACCUGAACUCUUUUCAUACAGCCAGGCUUAAACAAUAACCACCAGGAAAAAAACAAGAUGUUUGCCACUCUGACGAGACGACCUGAAGAUGAGUGCUCUGACAGGCACUGUGACUGCCUCUGUUUGCAGGCCCAAGAAGAUCAAAUGCAUUUUUCAGAUUGUCUGUUUAAAGCCACAACAUCUUUCUG